AUGUCUUACGGCGGUGGAUACAGCAGCGGCGGCUACGGCGGCGGCGGCUCUUCGCGUUACGGCGGCGACAGCUACGGUGGCGGUAGCAGCGGCUACGGUGCCGGUGGCGGUGGCGGCUACGGCGGUGGCUACGGCGGUGGUGGCUACGGUGGUGGCGGAGGCUACGGCGGCGGUGGCUACGACAGCUACGGCGGCGGAGACCGCAUGAGCAACCUCGGUGCCGGCCUUGGCAAGAUCGACUGGCAGACUGCCAACCUCGUCCCCUUCGAGAAGAACUUCUACGUCGAGGACAAGCGCGUCGCCGCCCGCAGCGACGCCGAGGUUCAGGCGUUCCGCCAGGAGAAGCAGAUGGCCAUCCAGGGCCAGAACGUACCCAAGCCCGUCACCUCGUUCGACGAGGCCGGCUUCCCGGACUACAUCCUCGCCGAGAUCCAGAAGAUGGGCUUCGCCGCCCCCUCGGCCAUUCAGGCCCAGGCCUGGCCCAUGGCCCUCAGCGGUCGUGACCUCGUCGCCAUCGCCGAGACCGGCUCCGGCAAGACGAUCGGCUUUGCGCUGCCCGCCAUGGUCCACAUCAACGCCCAGCCGCUCCUGCAGCCCGGUGACGGCCCCAUUGCCCUCAUUCUCGCCCCCACGCGUGAGCUGGCCAACCAGAUCCAGGUCGAGUGCCAGCGCUUUGGCUCCUCGAGCCGCCUCCGCACGUGCGCCGUCUACGGCGGUGUGCCCAAGGGCCCGCAGAUCCGCGACCUCCAGCGCGGCGCCGAGAUUGUCAUCGCCACCCCCGGCCGUCUGAUUGACAUGGUCGAGGCCGGCAAGACCAACCUCCGCCGCGUCACCUACCUCGUCAUGGACGAGGCCGACCGCAUGCUCGACAUGGGUUUCGAGCCCCAAAUCCGCAAGAUUGUCUCGCAGAUCCGACCCGACCGUCAGACGCUCAUGUUCUCGGCCACCUGGCCCAAGGAGGUGCAGCGCCUCGCCAGCGACUUCCUCAACAACUUUGCCCAGGUCAACAUCGGCUCGACCGAGCUGGCGGCCAACCACAACGUCAAGCAGAUCAUCGAGGUCUGCACCGACUUUGAGAAGAAGGGCAAGCUCAUCAAGCACCUCGACCAGAUCUCGCAAGAGAAUGCCAAGGUCAUUAUCUUCACCAGCACCAAGCGCGUCGCCGACGACCUCACCAAGUACCUUCGCCAGGACGGCUGGCCGGCGCUCGCCAUCCACGGCGACAAGCAGCAGCAGGAGCGCGACUGGGUCCUCGCCGAGUUCAAGUCGGGCCGCAGCCCCAUCAUGGUCGCCACCGCCGUCGCAUCUCGUGGUCUCGAUGUCAAGGACAUUGGCUAUGUCAUCAACUACGACUUCCCGACGAACACCGAGGACUACGUCCACCAGAUUGGCCGUACGGGACGUGCCGGCCGCACCGGUACCGCCUACACCUACUUUACGCCCGACAACGCCAAGCAGGCGCGCGAGCUGAUUGGCAUCCUGCGCGAGGCCAAGCAGGAGAUCCCGCGCGAGAUCGAGGAGAUGGGCAUGUACGGCGGCGGCGGUGGCCGCGGCGGCGGACGUGGCUACGGCGGACGAGGACGCGGCCGCGGCCGUGGAGGCUUCGGCGGCGGUCAGCGCUCUGGCCCCAACUCGUACUCGGUCGGCGGCGGCGGAUCCAGGUGGUAA